AUGCGCAGUGAUUUUCUCAAAACCAAGGGUAUUGAAUAUCUCUUAGAAACACUCGAAGACUUUGGAUCCCAGGGUGUUGGUGUUGACGACGGAUACUGGGAUGAAUAUAAAUCUGAUAUGGCAGUCCUGCUAUGGGACGAUCGCGCUACUAUGCGUUCCGAAAUGAAAAAGGCUGCGCGUCCGAUUGUUCUGGCACAUUACGAAAUUCUUCCACCCGAUGUUGACGACGAGAACGACUAUGAGCGGGAGGGCAGGACCAAUAAUCUUGCAAACGAGGCCCUGGGCAGCUUUUGUAUGUCCUAUUUUUACAAGGGUGAGAACGCGCUCGCGAAGUCAUUUCCAGACUUGUUCGCCGAUGCUGUCCCCGAAGGUGCCGUUGCACUUGCAGCGACUGCGCUUGCUGCCGCUAUCGACGAGUACAAGACCGGUACUUACAAGCAAAUGAAAUUCGUCGCCGAUUUAUAUCAACCCAUCUACGACAGCGUCAUUCAGCUCUACCAUGAUGUGCAGAAGGACCACUAUCAUGCAAAGAAAUGCCGGGCCGCCAGAAAGAAAUGGGCUCGUACUGCAGGAAUCCUGACUCGCGAUGAUCCAAACAGGCGCCAUGACUGGGGCUUGAAACUCCAACUGGACUGAUCGUGUUUUUAGCAUUUUUGUAGGAUACCUGAUUGUAGUAUGAC